UUCCCUCUGUUCUUCAUCUCAUCGACAACCGGCUGGCGGGGAGCGCGACUGAUUAUUCUGCCCGACAGGGACUACACCAAGGAACAACACUGGGACAAUUUUGAGAAUUAAUGAUUUUAUGCUUGCUUCGGGGCUCAGAAAUGACAAUCCGCUCCGGGGCAGGGUAUGCUGCGAAAUUGAGGUAAAGCCCAAGACACAGGCAUCCCAGCCUCGUCAAUAACAGCUCGUGGGUACAGAAGCAUUCCAAUUUCAUUUGCUAACAUCGUGCGUUGUGGAUGCCAGUGAUUUUUCGUUUACUUGUACAUGUCGUUUACUUGUACAUGUCCACCUUUCUCGUUCUGUAUUUAAAUGCGUCUGCUUGGCUAAGACAGGACUCGCUUCUCACCAUGCUAUUUAUGGGGUUAGUAUUUUUUUCUCAACGGAACAGCCAACACCUCAGAGGCAUAUGAAGGAGGGAUAUGACAACGAUUCCACACAUCCCGAAGGAGUCUGCUCAGAGAAGAAUAUGAAAAAGCAAGACAUUGGAGAGACCAUCCAUUUUGUGUCAGGAGAAUAUUUUGAUGAAGGAGACACUGGGAUAAUUAUAGAAACGGGAGCCUCUGGAUAUACAUAUAUCGACAUGGGCACCCAGCUCUGAAAAUACAUGUUGGGCUUAUUAAUUGUAUGAUUAUAAUGACUAUAGGCUAAUGGUUGGAUCAUAUCCAAAACAAAAUCAUAAAAUGUGAUGGCAUCUUGUCGGGAAAAAUGCAAUAGGAAAAGAUGACCCAGAAAUCGGAAUCGCCCUGUCAUCCAUCUGUGCCUUCAGCAUCAUGUUAUGAGGUGGAGUGGCUGCGAGAGAAUAUCAAUUGAAUUGUACAUUGAUAUCGCUGAUUUAUAGCCCUAUGCCGUUUUUUAAAUUCAUAUUUCAUAAUGUAACUGACUUUUACAUAUUUCUUUCAAGGCCAACAUUGAAUUAUUGUGUCUAUCGGGAUCGUAUCCAUUCCACUUGGUCUCCAAGUGUCAAAUGAAAUUAAUCUAAUUGAGAAUUUAAAGGGCGCAACCUCGAUAUAAUCAAGAGUUAUUUUUCGAACCAAGCAAACAUCCCGUUUCACACAGAUAGGGGGGCAGGUACCAGUAACAGAAAAGUCGCUGGUUCGAAUCCCCGAGGCGACUAGGUGAAACAUCUGUCGAUGUGCCCUUGAGCAAGGCACGUAACCUUAAUUGGUCCUGUAAGUGGCUCUAAAUAAUAGCGUCAGAUACAUUACUAAAAUGUAAAUAUAGAUACAGCAUAUAACUGUCAUUUGAAUAUGUGGCCUAUCCAUGCAUGAAGUGAAGGCCGUUUGUUUUUUAUUCUAAUAUUGUCCCACUGUGAUCUAUUUUUCUAUUUUUCUCAAUGUUAUUUGUCCAAGCUCCGCCACAAAUUUCUGGAUAAAAAAUCGGACUGCGGGUUUAUCACCCUGAAUAGAAACCAUAUGUGGCCCACUUGAUUUGAAACAAGUGUAUUUUCCAUUACUGAGGAUAUUUUUCUUACUCGGCCAUUAGUCUAACUUUCAAGUGCGAUAAGCUUUUUUAAUGCUUACAGUCUGAUUUUUAGUGAGUGCCAUCAACAGAGGUGGAAUUGAUGACACAUCUGUACACCGCUGUUGUAUUCCGAGGAUAUUGCACUGUACAAGCCACGAGCACUAGGCUACUACAGUCACGGGGAAUUCGACACGUUUCAAGUGCGCUGUCAGUGAGUUUUUGGCUGUUUCGCUCGAAAUGUGGAGAGUUUUAUUGUAGGAGUGCCUCACGACGCGUCGAGAUUUGCCAGGAAAAGAAAAGGAAGGGGAUAUGAAUCCAAGAAGAAGAUGAUGAUGAUGAUGCUGGAUACACAGAAUACGACCCAGGAGAUCGGUGAGGAGGUGGAGGACGGGGCGGUGUACACCAUCACCCUGCGGAAGGUUCAGAUGCUCCACCACCACCACCAUUCUGGCCAUCACAGUGGCGGCAGCGGGGCUAGUAAGGGCCAGCGCUGGCUGGGUGUAGAGACUGAUGCGGCCCUCAGCCUGUACGAGACGUGCAAGGUGCGCACCAUCAAGGCAGGCACGCUGGAGAAGCUGGUGGAGUACAUGGUUCGGGGCAACGAUUCCACCUACGUCACCAUCUUCCUCUGCACCUACCGCUCCUUCACCUCCACUAAGCAGGUCCUGGACCUACUGCUCAACAGGUAUGCCAAACUCCAGCUUGGAUCAGAGGGCCACAGACUGACUCACGACGAUCGUACAGAACUGAGGAACACAAUAUCCUCCAUCUUGGGGGCGUGGCUGGACCAGUAUUCUGAGGACUUCUGGAAGCCUCCGGAGUACAGCUGCCUGCGAAGGCUAAUCUCCUACCUGCACCUCAACUUCCCAGGAUCGGACCUGGAACGCCGCGCCUGCAACCUCCUGACACACUUCCACCGCCGACAGCUCCAGGAGCCCGAGCACGAGUUACUGGACCAUGGUGGCUAUCCGUUCACCCUACUGGAGGAGAAUGGCUACGAGGAUGAGCAGCUGGACUUCUUGAACUUUGACCCGGCGGUGGUGGCCGAGCAGUUCACCCUCAUGGACGCGGAGCUCUUUAAGAAGGUGGUUCCCUACCACUGUCUGGGGAGUAUUUGGUCACAACGGGACAAGAAGGGCAAGGAACACCUGGCCCCCACCAUCCGUGCCACCGUCACCCAGUUCAACUGCGUCACCAACUGUGUCAUCGCCACAUGCCUGAGCGAGCGCUCGCUCAAACCCACGCAGCGCGCCAAGCUGGUGGAGCGCUGGAUCGAAGUGGCCAGGGAGUGUCGAAUCCUGAAGAACUUUUCUUCACUGCGGGCUAUCCUCUCUGCUCUGCAGUGCAACCCGGUCCACCGGCUGAAAAGGACAUGGGACGAGGUGUCCAGGGAGAACUUCCGCAUCUUCCAUGAGUUGUCAGAAAUCUUCUCUGACGAGAAUAAUCAUUCGCUCAGCAGAGAGCUGCUCAUUAAGGAAGGCACGUCCAAAUUCGCCACCCUGGAAAUAAACCCCAAACGAGCCCAGAAGAGACAGCAGCAACCCCGAGACCUGAGUGUGAUGCAGGGGACCAUUCCCUACCUGGGCACUUUCCUUACAGACCUAGUCAUGAUGGACACAGCCAUGAAGGACUACCUGGAUGGAGGGCUGAUCAAUUUUGAGAAGAGGAGGAAGGAGUUUGAGGUGAUUGCCCAGAUCAAGCUUCUGCAGCUGGCCUGCAACAACUAUAACUUCACCCGAAACAAGCGUUUCCGAGAGUGGUUCUCCGGUGUGGACAAACUCACAGAAGCUGAGAGCUACAGCCAGUCAUGUGAGAUCGAGCCAUUGUCAGAGUCCGCCUCCAACACUCUCAAGAAGAAGAACACAGGAAUCAUCAAACGCUGGAGCGAUCGCCAGCCUGCCAGCUCGGAGCCAGGCUGCAGCAGUGCGGGCAGCUCCCACUCCAAGUCCUUUGACCAGCUGCGUUACGCCCCCUGCCUGGGGGGCUCGGGUGGAGGUGGAGGGGGUGAUGGAGCGGACUCCCUGAGCGUCACCUCCGCUGGCUCCAGCAGCUCCGAUGUGGAGGAGAUCAAUAUCAGCUUCAUCUCCGACUCACCCGAUGUCCACGAGCGAAAGACCUCCACGCCUUCCGUAAAACAUUCCAAUUCCACGUUAGGGAAGUGCGGCCCCUUGCCUGACCUGGCACCCACGUUCUGGGAGUCUACGUCUCUGUCCUCCUUGGAUGCCUCUGGUCUGGGCUCUGGCUCGGGCUCCAGUAGCGCCUCCUCCUCCUCCAUGUCCUCCACGCCUGUGGCGGGUGCGGGCUCCCGCUCACACAAGCGCUCCGUGUCGGGCGUGUCCAGCUACUCGUCACUGUCACUGCCCCUCUACAACCAGCAGGUGGAUGACUGCUGCAUCAUCCGGGUCAGCCUGGACGUAGACAACGGCAACAUGUACAAGAGCAUCCUGGUGACCAGUCAGGACAAGACGCCGGCGGUGGUCAGGAAGGCCAUGGUGAAACACAACCUGGACCGGGAGAGAGCGGAGGAUUACGAACUGCUGCAGAAGAUCUCUGAGGAGAAAGAGCUGAAGAUUCCAGACAAUGCCAAUGUUUUCUAUGCCAUGAACUCUUCGGCCAACUACGACUUUGUCCUGAAGAAACGCGGCUUCCCCAAGGUGGGCCGGACCAAGCACGUGGCCAGCUCCACCCUGCCGCGAAUGAAGCAAAAAGGCCUGAAAAUCGCAAAGGGCAUCUUCUGAGGGGCAAUGCCAUGUCACCAGAAACCCUCACCCACCUCCCUGCUUCCUGCUGGGUUUUCUGGGUGCCAUCUUUGAGUGCCACCCCUGCUGUGCCAUGGUAGUGGGGCCUGUUGCCAGCUUGGCCGUGUUCAGCAUCUGAGCGUGAAAGGCUCAGAGGACUAAUAAAGCUGAAUGUAAUGGAAAUCCCUAUUGGCUAAUGAACUUGCACUCAACUCCAUUUUGCGAGGCAGGUGACUGUCCUUGUGGAAGUAGUGACUCUGUGUGGAUGCUAUGUAUGCUUACCCACAUCUGACCCCUCUCCCAGGUGUUUCCUAACCAGGCUACAACCCAUGUUCAGGUCACUUCCUGUGAGUCCACAUCACUUCCUGUUAGCUUCACAGCUCUCUGUGGAUGCCCUAAUCGAGAGGGGAAAACCUGAGUAAAAAUAUAACUAUGUCAUCUAGGUGCGUAGGAAAAUGAAUUCCUCCCCUCUAAAGGAGUUACACUCCCUCUAGUUUCUACAGACCUCUUCCUCAGCAAAGGUUCAGGUACUAUUUUUUUACACUCCUUUCUAGACUGCCAUCAACUGCAUCUGUUUCUUCGAUGUUCCGUGACACGCGGACUGAGACAGAUGGACAGAUGCUCAGUACUGCCAGCUAGCGGAGGGAAACGCGUUCCAACGAACCACUAAAAGGAUUUUGGGAGAGAGGCCCCUACUGGAUAGAUACAUCGGGUUGUUAACCAAUCAUCAGAAACUUUACUCCUUUUAACUACUCACUGCUAAUGGGAACAUGUCCCGUUUGUUCAACUAACACUAUUCACACAAAUAGGGCAUUAUUAUUACAACAAACAUUCAAUAAUAGCUCAUUUUGUCACUGCUUUGAUGCGGCGGCACUCUGCAUUUGUGCAUUGCGUCUUAUUUCUCCAAGUGGUGCUAACAGACAAUGAAAUGCUACAGCCAGCUCCCUCCCCUUUUGUUUCAUGCCUGAUGUCUUUCAGUUUCACACUAGAGUUUGAGAGAGAGGCUCUCUCCUGACAUGAAGGAGUAGGCAGCCACGAGGGCUCAAUGAUGAUGGUUCAUGGAAAUAGUGCAACUGAGGCAUCCAGCAUGCAUUUUGGUUCAGUAUUUGUUUUAAUGGGUGCAUUUCUGGGAAGCCAAAAAAAGCGAUGUGGCCAGUUAGAGUACAUUAUGGUGACCUGAAAUGCACAAAGUCGGGCGGCCAUUGCGGCUCAAACACGAUGGCACUAAAUGGCUUCUCCUCGAUUGGCAAUGCCUUAGAGAGUAGAACUGCCUACAUGUGAGCUGAAUGGCACAAAAUGGCUGUUGUUGGCAUGGUGACCACUCCCUCAGAUCAUCAAGAAAGUUAGCUCCGAGCCAUUUGAUGGACCCCAAUGUGUGCUAGACCCUCUUGUCAAUGACUUGCAGGAGGAGAGAAAUGUAUGUACUGUGACACUGUGCUCCCUUUUAACUAGAAGUGCGUUUGUGGAAAGUACUCAAGCACUCGGAGAGAGAUGUAUGUUGUAUUGUGAAAUGAAGCGUGGUUUUUAAAUGUCCAGUCUUUUUGUUCCCUAUAGUGUAAAGAAGAAGAAACGAGAAUGAAAGGACUGUCCCUUUUGUUUGCUCCCUUCCUUUCAUCACAAGGCCGUUCAUCCUUGUGUACCAGGGUUGGAGGUCAACUUCAUUUCAAUUCAGUUAAAUCAGCAGAUAAAUGAAAAAGAGGAAGAGAAAGUACAACUCAACUAAAACAUUGUCAACUCCACGUGUGCCAAAGACCGGUGGACUAUGAUGAAGUAUGAGGUGGUUUUGGGAGCAUUGAGAUUUGAAGUGGAGGGAGUGAGUUUGCCUGCUGUUGAGAGGCUCAGAAGUCGUGUGAUUCUUUGUGUAUGAGAUGAGUCCUUGGUUUGUAGUUCCCCAUGUCUAUCCAUCUCCUACAGUAUUGCAGCACUUUGGAUCAAACCUAAUAUCCCUAUUUAACAGCAGCCAUGACAGUAGUGUUGUGGAUUAGUGUUAAAACUCAAGCCUUUGCUCAAAGAGUUUUCUGCAACUAGUGACUUUUUGACUGUGACUGUGUCACACUGAGUACGGUUACAUGCACACAAUAAUACAAUUAUUGUGAAUAGUCAAAUUAAUAUAAUAGUUUGAUUAAAACGUUUACAUGCUUUGCAAGAAUAAAUGAUUUCCCUCAUAAUUGUGUUUACGUGGAGCCAUCUGAAAUCAGACAACCUGGUGGGACUUUGAUGAAUGCAGAAUAUCAGCAAUCAAAAUAAACGUUCUACCACAGCGACCAUGUUAUCUUUGUAAAGCAUAGUUGAUUCUGAGUUCGGACAUACAACGUUUAUGUGAAAACGACUUCUAAGAUGUGUACUUUAAGUUUUUCCUAACUCACUCGUGCAAAAGAAGGAAGCUCGCCCUGCUGGCACUAACACACACACACACACACAGAUCAAACACAUCGCUAUAACUGAUUAAAGCGUUUACAUGUCCUAACAUUUUUAAAGAUGGCUCAGAAAAUCAGGUGUUUUAAUUGGUUUAUGCUUACUUCGAAUAUGACCGUAUGCCGAUUAAGAUAAGCAGAGUAAGGUGUUUACAUGACUAAUGCCAUACAUACUCAGCCUUCUGCCAUAAUCAGUUUAACAUCAAAUUAUUCAUGUGCAUGUAACCGUACUCAAUGUGUCAUGUGCAAGACAGUAACUGUUCUAAUAGGGACAUGGGAUUGCAUCUCUAUCAGAGGGCACAUAUAAACUGGCUAUACUUUUAUAGCCUUUUUACACUAUUGUGCUAACCUGAACCGUAGUGUGCUGGCUCGAUCUGAUAUUUUCUUUUGACAUGGUACGUAACCAGGCCAACGCAGUACAGCUCGGCUCAGCUCAGUACAGUAAAAAGGGUAUGUCAAAUGCCACAUAAAUCCUAUAACACGCCACAGCAGUCGUCAGACUACAUUUCACAACAAAAGCUUGAUGUGCCUAACAGUAAAGCCAUGGAAAUGGUUUCAUGUGCUAUGAUGAUCGUGUUUCACAUGUCAGUUAUCAGAAACAUGGGUGGUCAUAUUUAUCGCAUGUUAGUACUGCAUUAUGAAUGCAUUACGGCAGUAUAAUAUAAGUGAUUUUCAUGCUUUCAAGUGUGCUGGUUGGUGGUGGUGUUGAAAAGGAUGCUGUAUGUUUGUGGAUGUUGGGGUCCGGUAGUCUACUGUGAUUACAUGUGAUUUGCUGGACUUCAUAUUAGUGGUGUUGAUGGAAGUUGCCCCUAAGCCCUGAUUCAAGGUCAGCGUCUAUUUCUACAUCCUAUUAACAAGAUUAGGAUUUGUGUUGGGAAAGCUGAAUCUGGAUCUGCAGUUAAAUACUUUUUGUGGUUGAUCAAUGAGUGAGAGAUGGAUUCUUUAACUGGAGAUCCUUAAACUUUUGUGAAAAAUCAUGCAUUUGUGUCAGUGGGUUUCCAGUUAAUGUCAGUAAGCGUUCAUCCCGGAAUGUGUGCUUAUUUUUAUUUUUUGCUAAUGUCUUUGUGCCCUCCCCAGCUACCCAGCCUAUCUACACCGAGUGUACACAACAGUAGGAACAUUUUCCUAAUACUGAGUUGCACCCCCCCCUUUUGCCCUCAGAACAGCCUCAAUUCGUUGGGGCCUGGACUCUACGAGGUGUUGAAAGCGUUCUACAGGGAUGCUGGCCCAUGUUGACUACAAUGUUUGUCACAGUUUCAAGUUGGCUGUAUGUCCUUUUGGUGGUGGACCAUUCUUUAUACACACAGGAGACUGUUGAGCUUGAAAAACCCAACAGCGUUGCAGUUUUUUGACACACUCAAACCGAUGCGCCUGGCAUAUACUACCAUACCCUGUUCAAAGGCACUUAAAUAUGUUGUCUUGCCCAUUCACCCUCUGACUGGCACAUACUACCAUACCCUGUUCAAAGGCACUUAAAUAUGUUGUCUUGCCCAUUCACCCUCUGACUGGCACACAUAAACAAUACAUGUCUCAAUUGUGUCAAUGUUUAAAAAUGCUUCUUUAACCUGUCUCUCCCCCUUCAUCUACACUGAUUUGAAGUUGAGCUUUCAACUGGAUUCACAAGGUCAGUCUGUCAUGGAAAGAGCAGGUGUUCUUAAUAUUUUGUACACUCAGUGUAUAUAUCAGAGGUUGGAGAGGGGGAUCUGACAAAAAGAUGUCAGCAUUUCAGGUUUCACAAAUGCUAGUCUGUGUGUACGUGACACACACACACACUCUUCUGUGUCUAUUGUAAAUGAAGGGCCAAAGACUGCACCUCUCCACCUAUCCCUCUAAGUUAGUCCCUCUCAGAAACCCAGACUGAUCAGGAAUAUGUCACCUUGCCUCAACCUCUCACAAUGAUCAUCCUUAAAACCUUUGUGCCAUCGCUCUCCGUCACUGUCAAAGGCUCUGAACUUUCUAAUGAUUACCUGUUCAAUGUUUUUUCUAUGUUCUUUUUGUAUUUUUUGUAUAUUAAAAGACUCAAUGUCCUUUGUACUUUAGAUUAUUUUCUUCAUUUUCCUGUUUUGUGUUUGCUGGCUUUAUUUAUUAACUUGUAAAUACUUUUUUGUAGCAUUGUACAUUGUUUCUUUUCCCAUGCAAUUACAAAUUAAUAUAUAUGUAAAUAUAAAUAUAUAUGCGAAGUUUAUACCACAGUAUUUGUGGAUCAACUUGUCUCCAUAUCCCGUUGACUUUGGUUGCUUUACGUCAAUCCUCUGUCGUUUUUGUAUAAUGGUCAGUUUUGAUAUUGCUUUCCCCCUUAUUGUGUUUAAUGUUGGAGAAAAAACACCUAAUAAAAACUUACUGUCAAAACA